UCUUGGACCCAAAACAAACAUUGCCAAUAAACAAAUGAGUAUUUCUAUGUUUUAUGUGAUUCUUUGAUCUAUAUAUAUGAAUUCCUACGUUAGUUUAAACCCCAAGUUCAAUUUUUCAUGUGUAUUCUUACAAACAGAAACUUUAUUUAGAGAGGUGGAUAUUAACAAUGGAGGCACAGUUUGAUGAUGAUAGUUUCUAUGCUGAGAUUAGGAGGCAGAUUCUGCAAUUGACAUCAGAAGAUGAAGAUUUAUCAGUUGAAAAAGGUUUCAGAGAAGGUGGUGUUGGUGGUUCAACAAGGCCACCACCACUUGCAAAACACUCUUGCUCAUGGGAAGCACAAAGUUCAAGUUCACCUCAUUUGACUGUGAAUUUGUGGAAGAGUGCAAGAGGUACUGGGGUCUUCAUUCCCCGAGUUGUGACUGCUAAAAAAUAUCAGAGACCAGGUAUGUUGUUUUACCCGCUAUCGGACCAUCCAUUAAAAAGUCUAAUCACACGUUCUAGAUGUAUAUACCUCGGGGAACAAUGAAUGGCAGAAAGCAAAUAUAUAAACCAGUGGCAAAUAAGUAUUGAAGAAACUACUACCCUUUGGAAGUUUGUGUCUAGUGAAAAUACAAGAUUCCACCUUGUUCAUCAUAACUCAGCCCAUUUCAAUAAUUUAGAGUAUCAUCAAUCACAAGUACAAAGAUGGGGAAGUUGGUGCAGAAUAUUUAUUCUACAUCACAAAUAUUACUCAGUUUCAGACAAUAUGUAAAUAAUUUAUCACAAACCACCUAGGAGAGGAUAUACCUAAAUGUGUGAAGUUGUUUCUACACCACCAUUUGUAGUUAUGUCAUAAUAAAUUAAUGAUAAAUAAAACUUAAA